AUGGAGCUGCUGUCGCCGCCGCUGCGAGACGUGGACCUGAGUGUCCCCGACGGCUCUCUCUGCUCCUUUGCCACAGCGGACGACUUCUACGAUGACCCGUGUUUCGACUCCCCGGACCUGCGCUUUUUCGAGGACCUGGACCCGCGCCUCGUGCACGUGGGCGCCCUGCUCAAGCCCGAGGAGCACUCGCACUUCCCGGCCGCCGUGCACCCGGGCCCGGGCGCGCGCGAGGACGAGCACGUGCGCGCGCCCAGCGGCCACCACCAGGCCGGCCGCUGCCUGCUGUGGGCCUGCAAGGCUUGCAAGCGCAAAACCACCAACGCCGAUCGGCGCAAGGCGGCCACCAUGCGUGAGCGCCGCCGCCUGAGCAAAGUGAACGAGGCCUUCGAGACCCUCAAGCGCUGCACGUCCAGCAACCCGAACCAGCGGCUGCCCAAGGUGGAGAUCCUGCGCAACGCCAUCCGCUACAUCGAAGGCCUGCAGGCUCUGCUGCGCGACCAGGACGCCGCGGCCCCCGGCGCCACCGCCGCCGCCGCCGCCUUCUACGCGCUGGGCCCGCUGCCCCCGGGCCGCGGCGCGGAGCACUACAGCGGAGACUCGGAUGCGUCCAGCCCGCGCUCCAACUGCUCCGACGGCAUGAUGGACCUCGGCGGUCCUCCGAGCGGCGCCCGGAGGCGGAACUGCUACGAUGGCGCCUACUUCAACGAGGCGCCCAAUGAGCCCAGGCCCGGGAAGAGCGCGGCCGUGUCCAGCCUGGACUGCCUGUCCAGCAUCGUGGAGCGCAUCUCGUCCUCCGCGAGCCCCGCGGCGCCCGCGCUCCUGCUGACCGACGCGCCGCCCGAGUCGCCUCCGCACCCGCCGGAGGGCGCCGCCCCGAGCGACGGGGAGUCUGGGCCCGCCACCCCGGCCCCCGACGCCAAACCGCAGGGCCCCGCGGGCGCGAACCCCAACCCCAUCUACCAGGUGCUUUGA